UCAAUCAUUCGCCCCCCCACCCCUCCCCAAAGUCAAGCUCCCCUCUCAAUCCCAAGUACAUCUCUCAAUCGCCAUAUUGGGUACUGAGAAGGUUUGUCUGCAGUUUCUCUCACUACGAGACGAAAUUGACAGAGCGGCUUUAGUUCCUGUGCACUUUGUUUUGAUGAUCUGCGGAGACUACGUUCGGCUUCAAGACACCGCGGCCGUUACCGUUUCCAGCUCGACGUAUGCAUGGCAUAAGUCAUUUCACGCUUGUUUUGGAUCUUGCUCAGCGACGAGGAGAUACCCGUUGUUUUUGAACGGUGUGUUUUUCUUGUGAAAACUGGACGCUCCCGGCUGUUUGAGAAAUUGUGUCUUUCUCCGGGGGGUAAAAUGUCAGAUGUUCGACUUUCAAACGGGAGCCCGACGCUGGAGCGGACGGACCCCCGGGUUUCGGAUCACCCGAAACCGUCAGCCUGCAGGAGCCUCUUCGGCUCGGUGGAUCACGAAGAGUUAAAGAGGGAUUUAAAGGGACAUUUGCGGGAGAUGGAAGAGACUGCCUCCGCCAAGUGGGGCUUCGACUUCGCCAAUCACACGCCGCUGGUCAACGACAGACUCGAGUGGGAAUUAGUGGAUUGCAGAGACGUCCCGGAUUUCUACAACCGGCCGCUCCGGAGAGAGAAGGGCGUCUGCUCCGCUGGGAAUAACAAUGUGGAUCUAAAUGGGAAUCAUAACUGUGUUGUGGUGGCUCCGAGCGAAGAUACCGACAGGUCUGACGGGCAGAUGGAGUGCACGGAACAGUGCACCGGGCUGAGGAAAAGACCUGCAUGUCACGACCCCACGGCCCAAAAUAAGAGGUCACACACCAGCUCAGAUGAGGUUAGUUGUCCAAGUCUGAGCCACUCUGCAGAAUACACACCCAGAAAGACCAGUCCCAAGAGACAAACGUGAGGACGAGAGACGAGCUGAAGAUGUAUGUCCCUUUUUAUGUGGGAAAACUCAGUGUUGGCCGAUUUUUGGAAGAGGAACUACACAGCAUCAGAAACAUAUCAGCUCUCCUGAAGACGGGGGAGGACGCUGUUGAAGCACUGAAUAGAAACACUAAAGUUGUGGCACUCAAUUAAAAGUUACUGCCUCUAAAAGCAGUCAAUGUAGCAGUGUGCAAUUAGGUUUGAUUUCCUUUUUUGCUCCUUUUUUUACUACCUGUGUGUAAAUAAAUAUAUAUAUUAUAUUUCUCUCCAUAUGUAGCACAUAAGAUAACAUUAUGAUUUGAAAACAAAUCCUUUAUGUAAAAAGGUGUGAAUUUUGAUUUGACUUGAAGAAUUGCAGUGUAGUUUGAUACAUGUUUCCAAAAUGCUGUUUUGUCUCUUUCUUAUUUUAUUCUCUGAAAGGCAGUGUGACUUUGACACAGUCCCUAAUUGCUACAUUUAAAACAAAAAUCAUGGCUUCUUACAGUUUCUUAACAGUGUAUCUUCACUCCGUCAUCUUCCUAACUCAGCAGUGAAGAACGGUACAAAUGUAGCUCAUCUGUUUUCUAUUAUUUUUUUCCUUCCUCUGGUCAUUUCAGUGUCACAAAGUGCAGGUUCCUCUGUAAGAUCUAUUUCCCCAGGAAAUCAACACAGGGAAAAAAGUAAUAUUUCUGUUUAGAGUGAUUUAAAGAAAGUCCUAUUUAUUUUGUGAUAGGUGCUUUUAGCAUCAGCUGAAAUCUGGAAUAUGAUGGCUUUUUAUUAUAUUUUUUUCUCUCAAGUUUUCCUGCACACCUCAGCCACAUUGUUAAUGGUGUGUUUGAUUUCCUCUGGUGUUGUGAGGUACUCAGAUAUUGAAGGAUAAAGACCAUACAAACUGCACAGGUUGUGUUGUGAAGUCAUCCUUUCCUUAACUGUAUUUCUAUUGUUUCCUCAGCCUUAAAUGCUCUUCAGAGAGGAGGCGUGUUUUUUUUUUUGUUUUUUUUUUUAAGGGUUGAAUGUCCUACAAUACCAAAUACAUGGUUGCUUCAGUAUGGUUGCCAACACUGCCUGUGCUUCUUAGUUGACUUCACAUUGUAUUACUUUGUGAUAACCUAGACUUAAAUUUCCAUUUCAUGUUUGUACUUUUUUUUUCCACCAAUGUUGUUAGCCUGCUGACGAUGCAAAUGUGAGCAUCUAAAAGCUUCCCUUUAUUUGCCUAUAAAGUGUGGGUUAUAUUCAAAGAGACCAGUGUACACCUGGAUGGAGAGAGAAAACAGCUCGUCUCAGAAAUGCAGUCACCAUGCCUGUGUAUUUGUGUAAAUCUUUGCAAUGUACCUAUGUACAUAAUUUUGUAAAAACACUGAGAAAUUAUACUAACUUAUUUAUGUCAAGCUUUUUUUAUGUAGAAUAAAAAAUGGGUUUUUGAUUACGGUUAUCCAAAGUGGCAUUUACUUUAUUAUAAUUGUCUUAUUUUGUAAAAGCAUAUUUUUGGUAGUUUUUUUUUCUUAUCAAUAAGGUUGCAAACUGAGCCUGAUAAAAUAUUUGAUGUGCAUUUUGUAAUGUGUGGUUAUAAAAUGUGUUGCAAUCAAUUAAAAGAGAAAAUUAAAUCUA